CAUUCCCACUUCAACAACCACAUUAUCCAGCCAACUUCUGAACCUCUCCAGAAUCCCAAACAAAAAAGAGUGUCAGGACUCGGGAUGUCCCGUACCGUUCUCAUCACUGGGUGCUCCGACGGCGGCCUCGGAGCUGCCCUCGCCAUCGCCUUUCACAAAAAUGGCGACCGUGUCAUUGCAACCGCCCGAAACCCCGCGAAAAUGGCCUCUCUCAAGGCCAUGGGUAUCGACACUCUACAGCUUGACGUCCUCUCAGAAGACUCGGUCAAAGCAGCAGUUCAGGCCACUUCCCAAUUGACAGACAAUUCGCUCGACGUACUAGUCAACAAUGCAGGAAAAGGCUACAGCACUCCACUGAUGGACGCCUCGAUAUCUGAAGUCUCCGGGCUGUUUGAAUUGAAUACUACAUCCGCCCUCCGAGUUACUCAGCUCUUCUUCCCUCUGCUACGAAAUGCCAAGGAUGGCGCCUUGAUCGUGAAUAAUACUUCAUGCGCCGGCGUCAUGCCCGUGCCUCUUCAAGGCCCCUACAGUGCCACCAAGGCGGCCCUCGCGUCCUUGACCGAGGUGUUACGACAGGAGCUACAACCCUUCAAUAUCAAAGUUGUUGAUUUGAAGACUGGCACUGUGAAGUCGAAUUUCUUUGCCAAUGCUUCGUCGUCAGGAGGCCCCGCAGAAGGCAGUUUGAGACUACCCGAAGACUCGCUCUAUCUGCCUGGGAGAGAACAGGUUGAGAAAUUUAUGCGGACGGACAUCGACAUCACUGAAAUGCCGGCGGAUGAGUGGGCUUCGAAGGUUGUCCGGGACUUGUCGAAGCGAAACCCUCCUGCGCAUAUAUGGCGCGGAGGCAAUGCGUUCCAAGUAUGGCUGGCGUCCUUUUUGCCUGUGGGGAUGCUCGACUCGGCACUGAAGAAGAUGACGGGAUUAGAUGUCGUGGAGCGCUACUACCGUGAUUCGAGGGCCCAGAAGACGAAAUAGACGAACGACGCAACACAUCGAUCUCAUGCACCAGUGGCACUACAUCGGGUUCUUUGCAGAUCCGUCGCAAGUGCUUUUCGCGGAGGGUUCGUCCGACGAUCUAGGUCGGAAACUGUCUGAGCACUGUUCAUGUCAUUAUAAUAUCAGGGAAGGUGAAGAUAGAGAAGUACGCUAGAGGCUAUUGAGUGGUUGGGCAAUCAAUAGCAGCAAUGCCUGCACGGUAGAAAAGGGUCUUUAUAGAUGACAAGUAGAGAAGAUAGAUCGACCGUGGUACUGCUCUCUUAUCGCAGUUAACGGACUGAGAGUAUCACGGGGAAGUAUAGCCGACCAGACGUUCCGUAUGCUAAG